CCCUCCAGCCGCCUGAUUGCCAGUGUCCUCGAGCUCGCAGGAAGUGUCAGCAGCGGCUGGCUGCCCGACUCACCGGAAGUGGUGACAGAGACAGAAACAGAGAGAGCAGGCCGCAGACAUGGCGGACGGGGAGGUCGUACUGUUAAUCCGGAGUCCCAGCCUGAAACAGGACGAGCGGGAGAUCAGGGCGGCCCGGAGCUGCUCUGUGCGGGAACUGAAAUCACAGCUACAUCGGGAGCUUCCUGGGGAGCCGAAAGAAGAAGAUCAGAGAUUGAUCUAUUCAGGAAAACUGCUCCCUGACCACUUGAAGCUGAAUGAAGUGCUGUCCAAGGAAAACAGGCAUGUGCUGCACCUUGUUUGCUCUGCUCGGAGUCCACCCCAAACUCAGGGACAAGAUAAGACUCCUCCAGCAAACACAGCUUCUACAAACCAGCCUUCAAUUCCUCCCAUUGAUGGGUUAAGACAACGUAAUAAUGCUCCACAGAAUGUUCCAACAGCCAAUCGCUUUACCAGUCCUCCUGGAGCCAACCCUGCUAUUUCUCCAUACGCAGUAUACAGUCCCCAGCAGCUUAUCUGGCUGCAACAGAUGUAUGCCAGACAAUACUACAUGCAAUACUAUGCUGCUGCAGCAGCUGCUAAUCCCCGCUCCCCCUCUCAGAGUGCUCAGGAAAUACCUGUUGUACCAGCUGCUGCUCCAGACCCGUUGCCACACCGGUUUCCUGCAGAAAAUCAGCCACAAAACCCAGACGUUCAAGCCCCAGUAAAUCCAGUUGCCAAUCCAAACAUGCGCAUGAAUGCCCAGGGAGGACUUGUUGAGGAAGAGGAAGAUUUGAACAGAGAUUGGCUGGACUGGGUUUAUUCGGCUGCUCGCUUCGCCAUCUUUCUGAGUAUCCUGUACUUCUAUUCCAGCCUGAGUCGCUUCAUGAUGGUCUUGGGAGCCAUGAUUCUCAUGUACCUACACCAUGCUGGAUGGUUUCCCUUCAGACAGAGACAAUUACAGCAAGUGGUAAACCCUGCUCCUCAGGCAGCUCCCAAUCAACAGGACCAAAACAACAACUUACAGGAAAAUGAGAUUGCCGAUGAAGCGUUGGUUGAGGAUGCAGCAGCAGCGACUCUUCAGACGCAAUCCUUUGUGACAACCGCCUGGAUAUUUUUUAAGACUUUCUUUGCCUCUUUGAUCCCUGAAGGCCCUCCUGCAAUUGUCCAGUGAUGGCCGGAUUAACUAGGACACAUGUAACCCAUGUAAACCUUUCUGCUGCAUGCAUAGUCUUCCAUGCUUACAAAGCACAGACCAAGUCUGUUUUAGGAACUGAUGCUUUGUAGAUCUCCAGAAGAACUGUCACACCCUGACCAGUAUCCGAAGUGAAGCGUAUACAUUUAUUUUUCUUUUUUUUACCGGUCCAAAGACGUGUGAAACCUACACAUCUGAGUAGGCCAGUCCUGCUCGUACCAUUUGAUUCCUUGUGGAAUGUUGGGACAAUUUUACACUAAUUGUAGUGUUAACGUUUACAAACUGCAACAAAUCUUGUAUUUUGAACAGAGUUCUGCUUUGACUGCUAGAGGCUGAGAGCAAAUGUAUUACUGUACAUCAGUAUGCUUCUCUGCAUUCUAAAAUCUAUUUUGUGAUCAUUUUAUGCACAAAAGCUUGCACUUUAGUAAAGUUUUCAAUAAACUGAAAUGCAUUUUAUUGCAA